GCUGGUUUAUGCAAAACUCGUAUUUUCUUAUUUUUCACCGUAAUUUUCAAGAAAUUCGCGCAUAAAACAGCUGAAAAUUGUUAAUUUGACAGUGCUAAUUAACGUAUAAAAUCGCAUUAGUAUGGCUGGUGAUCCGCAAGAUAGCCAAGCGCGUUUUUAUUUUACACCAGAACAAUUAGCAAACUCGCCAUCACGAAAAUGUGGAAUGGAUGCGGACACAGAGCUGCUUUAUCGUCAACGCGCCGCCAAUCUGAUACAGGAUAUGGGCCAGCGACUUCAUGUGUCGCAACUUUGCAUCAACACAGCAAUCGUUUAUAUGCACAGAUAUUAUGCAUUUCACUCCCUUACCAAUUUUCACCGAAACAGUAUCGCUGCGGCAGCCUUAUUCUUGGCGGCAAAGGUCGAAGAGCAACCGAGAAAGCUAGAGCAUGUCAUUAGAGUAACACAUUUAUGCCUGAAUCAAGAACCGCCGGACCCGACAAAGGAACCGUAUCAGGAACUGGCUCAGGAUUUAGUUUUUAACGAAAAUGUGCUCUUACAGACGCUGGGUUUUGACGUGGCGAUCGACCAUCCGCACACGCAUGUCGUCAAAACGUGCGGUUUGGUCAAGGCAUCCAAAGAGCUUGCCCAAACGUCGUAUUUUAUGGCGUCAAAUAGCUUACACCUCACAACAAUGUGCUUACAAUACCGACCAACAGUAGUUGCCUGCUUUUGCAUCCAUCUGGCGUGCAAAUGGUCCCGCUGGGAAAUUCCGCAAUCGACGGAGGGCAAACAUUGGUUUCAAUAUGUGGAUAAGACUGUGACACUGGAUCUGUUGAAGCAAUUGACAGACGAAUUCCUACACAUAUUCGACAAAUGUCCGACUCGAUUAAAAAGACUGAAAACGUUGAAUAAUUCAACACAACAAGCCGCUGAGGAACAACGAAAGGCGAAAGAAGAAGAACAAGCAGCUGCGGGUUCUUCAGCCAGUAGUAGCAAUCAGCGUCAUCAUGGUCAUUCUAGUUCAUCAAAAAUACCUCCAUUAGAUCAUCAAAAAUCAUCCUCAUCGCGUAUGAGUGGCUCGUCGUCGUCGUCGUCGCAGAUGCAACAACAGCGCGCCAAAAUGGACCGUCCAUCAUCCGGAACGUCACACAGCUCGUCAUAUCCAAGUUCCUCCGACAAAAACAUGAUGGCGGGACAACACAUGCGACCUCCCUCCGGACAAUCAUCUUCCUCGUCGUCAUCGUCUUCGUCGUCGCGCGAUCCGCACUUUAACAAAGGUCGUCCCCAUUCCAUGGGCGGUUCCUCGUCGCAGCAGCAGCAGCAACAACAACAGCAGCAAAGCAGCGGCAUGAAAGAUCGUCACAGCACGGGCAAUGGACAACAACCGCCGCCGCCGCACAUGAAACACGACAAAAUGAUGAAAAUCCAUCCGGCAAGCAUCGGCGUGAAUUCCUCUCAAAUGGAUCCGACGACGAUGCGAAAGCAACAGCAACAGCAGCAACCGCCAUAUCCCGGUCAAAAUCCCCACAAAAUGCCUCCCGGUUACAAUCAGCAACAGCCUAGCAUGCAAAAACACAAAAGUAUGCCGCCAAGCAUGAAACAAAAUCACGCAAAGCACCAUCAGCAGCAACCGUCAAGUCAAGCUUCAUCACAAAAUCCUCACUCGAUGCCUCAAAUGCCGCUCGCCUCACAGUCGUUCAAGCUCCUGGAUGAGUCUGUCAUCUCGGAUACGACGCUAAAGUCAUCGCCGACGCACAUGUCGCAACCCAACAAACCCUCGAGUAUUUUCAGUCCCGAUUGGAAAGACAGCGGAUCAUCAAUGCCUCCCUCUCUGACGCAAAAUUUGUCGAAUCCGCAGCAACAACGUACUUCCAAUGCGCCAAAUCGCAACAAUAACAACUCCCAACCGCUUUACAAGACCUCGUCGAUGGACAAGAAGCAGCAGCAAUCACAACCCCCGCCCCUAAUUGGCAUCGGAAUGUCCUCCUCGGGCACGGAAAUGGACUUUAUCAAGCAAGAAAAGUUAUCGAACGAGCCGCCGCAGCAACUUUUGGCUCCAGGACCGAAAGAAAUGAAAGAUUUAAAGUCCGUUAAAAGACCUCCGAGCAGUCUCGAGGAAGAUCGGGACUUUAAAAUGCGACGACUUGAGGCGCGGAUGGAAGGAAGUGACCCAAUGCCCGAUUUGCAAGCCGCCAUCAAGCAAGAAGAUCACAAAGCGUCGCUCGAAAACAAAUGGCCUCAACAACCUCCGUACGGAAUGCCGCCGCAAAAGCAACAAAGGCCCCCGGAGGACAUGAUGCGACAAAUAACGGGCGAACAAAUUAAGCGUGAGAGUGAUAAAUGGUCCAAAUCACGUGGUGUCGCACGUGACAUGUAUGGACAAGUGAUGCAAACACAGCAACCGCCGCCGCCGAUGAACUACAAUGAUACUCAAUCGAUGAUGUUCCAACAAAAUCUCAACAUGCCAGGUCAUCCGGGCAUGCAACAGCAACCGAUGAUGAUGCCGCCGAUGAACAACGAGCCAAAACCGAAACCACUGUCGAGCGUCAAUGGCAUCGAAACGAACCCGGAUCUGAUCCGGAGUCUCCUGAAGGAGAGUUUUAGUGCGCCAUCGACCAUUUUGCCCAUAAGUGAUACGCCCGGACCCCUUUUAAGCGACAACGUUGACUCAAAUCUCGCGGGAAUUGACAGUUUGGGCAUGACAACUCCCGCUGCUGCCGACAACAUUGACAGCAGUCAUCAUCGCAAGUCCGAAAAGAAGAAGAAAAAGGAGAAACACAAGCACAAGGAAAAAUCCAAGGACAAAGACAAGGAUCGCGAGGAACGGAAAAAGCAUAAAAAGGACAAAGAUCGACAUCGGGACAAGAGUAGGGAACGCGAACAUCAUUCAGCGUCGUUACAACAACAAAAUCUACUACAACAACAACAAAAUAUGCAUCAACAAGACACAUCAUCCAUGAAAAUCACGAUACCAAAAACGAAAAUUAGCCUCUCCGCAUCCGGAGAUCUGUCAGACGUCAAUAAUAUCGCCGCUACAGCGCCCUCUUCCGGCGGAUUGAAAAUUAAAAUACCCAAAGAUCGGAUUAAGGCGAGCGGGGGAGCCCCUCCCGCGACUUUGCCGAACGAUCAGGCAUCAGGAAUUAAGAUUAAAAUUUCGCGGAACCAGAUAGAAGGUUACAACAGCAAUAAUAAAUAAAAAAAAAGUUGUUUAUUUAUUGACAUAAUAAAUAUAUUUAUAUAUAAUGCA